AUGAGUGACGAUGAUGAUAUCGACUUUACUUCGGCCAAUCAAAGUUCUAGAAACUUGGCUUCUCUUUUUCAUGGUAGUGAACCAGCAGUAGCAGCACCGACUGUAGCUUAUGUUCCACCUAAACAACCUAAAAAAGAUUCUCCACCAAAGAUCAUGACAGCAACUGCUGUUCAAGCAUUUUCACUUGGUGCCGAUCAAAAAUGGGCGCCACGAGGGAAAAUGGGUGUUGCUAUAUUAUCAACGGAUAAUACAAUGUUUCAACUUAUUCUAUAUUUAACAAAAACUCAACAUAUUACAUCGGCACGCAUAAAUACUUCAUCAGUCUUCACAUGCCAAGUAAAUAAUUAUUUGGCGUUUCAAGACGAUGGUGGUAUUAAUUGGUCAGUGAUGUUUGAUACCAAACAAACACUUGCUGACUUUAUUUUACAAAUUGUCGUGGCAAAAGCUUAUUUGCUCGGAUUUAAAUUCGAUUAUAUUAUACAAGAUAUUCGAGAAGGUGAAGGUUCAAUUUUAGCUGAUCAUGACAGCGCAGAAAUAGCAGUUAAUCAAUAUAAGUUACUUGAAAAUGGAACAGUUGCAUCUGCUGAUAGCGGAGAAACUAAACCACUAAGACUGAAAAUUGGUAAACAGCAAAAUGGCAAAGCAUUUGAUGAUGCAAUUCGUGGAAUGAAAAAAAAUGGUCAACGUAUAACAAUGAUCGGGAAAAUACUUUAUAAUAUAGAAAUUAUUCGUGUCAAACGAGAAAAAGAAGCUCGUUCUAGUUCAAUAACAAUGCCAUCAGAAGAACAACCAACUGUGGAACGAAAACAUACAAUUACAGAAGAGAAUGAAACUAAUGAUGACAAAAAUAAAAUGUUACAACGCAUUAACAAAAUGGGUGGAGUUUCAAUGCUUCCUAAUUCAAAUCAAACAAGUGCAUUUACUAAUCCGCAUCAACACCAACUACCUGCAUUAGGUGAUGAUGAUUCGAUUAAUAAUGAAUUUAUUCAAAAUGCUGUAUCAUCAAGAUCUAUGCCAACAGCAACAAUUCCACCACCAGUUCAAUUCGUACCGCCCAUGUAUCAGCAUCAGCAUCAGCUUCAUCAUCAACAAGCUGCUUCUCAUUCUUUAAUACAACAGCCACUUCUAUACCCAGUACAGCAACCAUUACAUGAUUACAAUAGUCGGCCAGGUUCAUCAAUGAGUGGAAUGGCUUAUCAGCAAGUAGCAAUGUGGCCUUCUUCACAAUAUCUUCCGGCUACACCUACUGCUCCACCAACAGAUACAUUCUAUCAGCAACAACAAGCACAGGCACAACCACAACAAUAUCCAAAUGAUACUCGUCAAUUAUUUAAUCGACUAACAGAAAAAAUCGAUUUAUUACAUGAAAAAUUCGAUACGAAAAAUUCAACAACAUAUCCUACCAUGGAAACAAAUAUACUUCUUGCAAACAUUCAGCGAAUUGUUAAAGAAAAUGAUACUAUGAAAAAAGAUUCAUUCGAUCGUACUGCAAAAGUUGAAGAGCUUAAUCUAAAAAUAUCUGAAUUACUUGAUAGAAAUCAAAAGCUAAUUGAACAAACACAUCAAACAGCUGAGCAACGAAAUGUUGUUGUUAAUAACGUAUCCGAACAAACGGCACAGAAAAUUCUUGAUUUAGAAAAACAAAAAGUUGAAUUAACAAAUAAUUUAAGUAUAUCAACAAGUAAAAUAGCUGAUUUACAAUUACAAAUUAAUAAAUAUACGCAAGAUACAAAUGAAAGUCAGUCACGUUUGAUUACAUUAAUGCAUCAAUGUGAUCAAUAUAAAGAUGAGUUACAAAAAUCGGAACAUCAACGUUUAGAAAUUCAAAUGAAAUUUGAUUCAACGCAAGAGCAAUUAAAAACUGAAAAAUCUAUGAAAAAACAAGUACAAACUAAUUUAAAUACAUUAGAAGAAGAACUAGCUGAAACUAAAGUUACUUGUGCCAAUUUCGAAAAGAUACACAACGAACGAAAAGCGAAAUUCGAAAAUGAACGUAAACGUUGGCAAGAUGAUAUCGACGAACAAAAACAAUCAUAUGAAAAAGAACUAGAUGAACUAAGAGCUAAAUUACGUAAACAACGAACAAAUGAUACUUUGACAACGAAUCAAGAAAUUAGUCGAGUUGAACAAGAUUUAGAACGUGAAUGGCAAGAAAAACUUGAUAGACAACAUGCGCAACAUGAACGUCUAUUAAAUUCCAAAGUAAAAGAAUUAGAACAAUUGAAAACAUUACACAAUGAAAACGAAAUUAAAUUAAAACAAACAAAUGAAGACUUGCAAGAAUCCCAACAAAAUCUUCAAGCUUAUGAAGAACGAUGUGAAAAACUUCAAGAACGUCUUGUAUUAAUGAAAGAAAAAUUAGUCGAAAUGAAUGAUGAACAACCGCAAUUAAUCAAUGACCAAGUCAAACGUACGAUUAAUAUUAUAUUUCAACGUUUAAAAGCUCGCAUUCGACUAACAAAACAAUAUACUGGCGAACAAUUUCUUUCUCGUUCACUGGAUGUAAUUAAGAAAGCAACAUUAAAAGUUUUAUCGGAUAAUGAUGACGCACAAAAUGAACAAUCAACAGAUGAUACUCAAUCAGACGAUGAAAAUGAACAAGUUCAAAUAACAGCUGACAAUGAUAAAAAUGAUCAACCCUUAAAUGGAAAUUCUGUUGAUCAAAAAACAUUAAAUGAAGAAGUUUCAUCAAUAAUAGAGAAUCAAAAUGAACAAAUUUCAUUAAUAGUUGAAAAUCAAAAUGAAAAAACUGAUCUCAACCAAUCUGAUCUAACAGUGUCAACAAAUAAUCAAAAAAAUGGUUGGGAUACUAUGGAUGAUUUUCAACAGGAAUCAAAAAAUUCAUCUGAAGCACUGGAACAAAGUCAGAUCGUUAUGGUUACAGAAGAUACAACAUCUGUUGACAAUGAAACUGACGCAAUAUCAUCAAGUCUUGUGAAUGAAAAUAACAAAUCCACACCUUCGUCUGAAAUCGUCAACAACGAUCAUGCUGGUAAUGAUAUCAAUGAAGAAAUUGAAAACAAGAAUGAAGAAAAAGAUGAAGAUACUGAAAAGAAUGAUCAAAACACGGAUGUGAAGGAUAGCCAGUUACCACCGGACUUGGAAAUACCAAACGAGAAAACUUUGAGUGAUGAUGAGAAUAAUGAAGAAUUAUUUCAAUCAACUCGUCCAUAUAUUCAAGAUAGUAUUGCAUCGCCAGUUGUUACACAAUCACCUGCACCUCCUAGAAACUAUAACUUCAAUGAAAACAUUCCAUUAAUGACAAAUCUUAACGACUCAGAAGAUGAACUUUUCAAAUAA